AUCUUGAUUUCAAAAUGGCCGCCUCAAAUUAUGCUAUUUUCCAUUUUCUUAAAAAUUAAAUUUGUUAAAAUGUACUGUACGCACGUUUUAUGUUACAUAAUUGCUAGAGUGCAUACAACCAGUUUAAAUGGAACAUAUAAUUCUAUCUUGUGUUUUUAAAACAGAGUUACCCUUGCUUUAAAGGGCGAUAAAUCACUCGUAUUUUUAUAAAUUUAGUAUGAUUUACAAUAUCUUCAAAAUACAGAUAUGACAUGACAUAAAAUACAUUCCUUUUUACAAAAUAUGCCUAAAUCAACCAUACUGUAUAUCUUUUAAGUUAAUCUUUCCAUUUUAAAGCAUAUGUUAAAGAUCAGCCUGUCCGCUUAGCUCAGUAGGUAGAGCACUGGUCUACGGAUCGCGGGGUUGUGAGUUCGAUCCCCGGGCGCUUAUGUAAUGGUCAUGGGUGACUUUAAUCUUCACAUCAACGAUGACACAGAUGCAAUGAAAUAAUUAUUGACUGAUAUCCGUCUUACUUUUGUAACCAGAUUAUUCCCAGAAAGAGUCCAAUGUGGUACAAUAUUUGUGUUCGUCCUAGCGAAACGGCUUCUUACGUCUGUAAGAGGACACUUUCGAAGAAAAACUCGCACUGUAUCUAUUACAUACAAAAGUUAUUCAAUUCGAAUGUAGCCAUUUUCCAAAAAAGUAUGCAUCAAAUUUCAUUCUUUUCUGUAUGUUUUUGCAAAUACAAGGGUAGAGUAUCUGGUUAUCAGUAAUAGCGGACAAAUUACUCACUGUAUCUGCAUUGUAUAUGUAUUUGCACUACGGCGGACAGGAACCGAUAUCAUAAAACACGCAUUGUGCAUGCAACACGCAUUGUGCAUGCAUUUAAAACACGUUCAUACGGAAUACAUAAUGACUGAAAACUUCUUCCACCAGACGACUUUUACCUGGUGAUGAUGUCACGACCCGGAAGCACAAUACCCGCGGUUCAUUUGUCUUCACUCGCCUUGAUGUGAUUUUCCCAGCGCAGAGCUUUCGUCCCAUGGUUGUGCCGUAACCCGCAAAAGACGAUGAUUUUUUGCCAUCAACUGAAACAGUUCAGGGAUGCAAACACCUACCAUCAUAGGGAGCCAAAACGGAGUCAACGUUUUCACGGUUUAGAGGGACUUAACUUGAAGAUAUGUUGUUUAUUUUUGUGCUACUUAAAGUUCAAAGUUAACGGAAACAUCUGUGUCACGGAACUGUCAGUGUUAGGACUUUAUACUUGUUAAAAAGAGAUACUGAGCUCAGAUUUGUUUUCUUUCUUUCUUACAAUAAGAUUUUUUUUUCACUUUUCAUUUAUUCAUUGUAAAUAAUCAUUUUCUGUAAAUAAAUUUGUAAAUAUUGUAAUGGGUGUUGAUUUGUUCUGAUAGUUAUUGUCCCCGGUACGUCCAUCCUGUCACAGCAGAUUGUUCUUUUUUGUAUUUUAUAUAUCAUUAUGUGGUGCUGUGAUAUCGUGCUAUAUUUUCAGUGACAAAAAUCCUGAUGCAAAUUGCUGGAUUGGUUUUAUUAUUGUAUGUAUGGUAACGAUGCUAGAUUUUAGCAUUCUAUUCACUUUUGGAGCCAUGUUUGUGGAUAUGAUGGAAACGUUUGAGUCGGAACGUCCUUCGACAGCAAUAGUCCAGUCACUUCUCCUUGGAAUUUCCCUCAGUUUCAGCAUUGGAAUAUCUACGAUACACGUUAUAAGUGUAGUUGUUAUACAACAAAUGUUUCCACAACGUCUGCAACCCAUGUGCUUUGCUAUUCAGGGUACUGGUGUCAAUAUAGCUGGAAUACUUUAUCCGUUGUUAAUUGAGAGGCUGUUGGAUACUUAUGGCGUUCAUGGGACCUUCCUUAUACUUGGAGGAAUGUUUAUGAAUAGUUUUGCAGCGCCUAUGCUAUUAUCAUACAAUACAAAUACAGAGUAUCGCAAAGUUAAGGAUCGACAAGAUGAGAAAAUAGAAUGUAGUGAGAACACUCGCGAUGGUGCAAAUUCUAAGGCGGGAUCGGACACUAUCGUAUCCAGUGAAACGGAACAUAUAUAUAAUUCAGAAGAUCAUAUGCUAUCAGGAGACAAAACAAUUGGAAAUGAGAAUACUCUAUGUGAAGAACAAGAUAGUAUGACAAGAGAAGACACUGUACCUGAAUUGGAAAGUCAUACACACAUAAGUUUGUCGUCAUUGCUAACAAAACAGUAUAUAUUUCUCCUCCUCGCUUCAGCCAUGUGCAUUCCUGCAUUAAAUACAUUUCAAGGUUUAACAGUGGAUAUAUUUGUCUGGAAAGGGUUUAGCGUCUCCCAGGGUUUGUUUUCCUUUGUAACGUUUAAUGUGUUCAGUUUGUUGUCUAAAUCCAUACCCGUAUUCGCAAAGAAGUACUUAAGGUGACUCAGUUGUUUUGUUUUACCGAUGUGUUUUUGUAUAACUGGAAUUUUAAGUCAGCUUCUAGUAUACGUUUCGCUAAUAAUAUAUCAAUGUUUGCUGGAACAUCUCUUGUCGGUCUAUCCGUCGGUGGAGUUUUUCCAACGAUGUUCAUAGCUGGAGCUAAAAUAGUUUCGAGACGGGAGUGGCCGGUUGCUUCAGGACUCCUGAUGACUGUUAUAGGUGUGGUAUCUUUUGGACUUGGUCCAGUUUUCGGAUCAAUACGCGACAGAACUGGAACAUACACACCUACGAUUAUAACAAUAGGGAUACUGCAAGCAGCUGGAGCCGUUUUAUACAUGCUUGCUCUAAUUAGUCGAAAAAAUGAAUUUACAAAAAAAAAGACUUUCAGAAAACUUACCGCAAGAAAUGUCCAGACUGAAAGAAAUUGAUGCCGAGCCUGAGGGUGUCCAUGAAGGAACAUUAACAUUGUUUUUUUUUUUUUUGUUUUGGAUUUAACGUCGCACCGACAUAUGGUAGGUCAUAUGGCGACUUUGUUUUAAUGAAAACUUAUCUGUUUCAUUACUUUAUAUCGAAAUCUUGUUUUCAUUAUACAGAAAACGUUAUUCCUAUGUUCCAGAAAGACUGAAAUUAUCGCCAUUCUAUGGAGCCACAGAUGCUCUCUCAGACUGCUGUGCUGAUGAGCAUUUGAUCUUUGUUUGUUCAGCCCAAGGAGCCUGAUUUUAUUAAAUUGGAAACCUUUCCAGAAAUCUGAAGCUUAGUAUUUUACUUCUUACAGGAAGCAUUGGUUAGUGGUCCUGUACCAAGUUUGCUACAUAAUGUUCUGAGUGUAUACUUGAUUUUAAGCCAUAUCUUGUAUUAUUUAAAAUAUUUUCGCAUAAUUACAGAUUGAUUUUGCACAAAUGCCCACACAGUCACAUAAUUUUCGGACACACAUGUUUGUUUAAUUGUGUGUCUACUGAAGAUUUGUAAUGUAACAGGUUUGAAAUGUUCGGAAUAUUGUAUAUUCUAUAAAUCAUUGUUUAAUAUGCUACGUAGAAAGAUGAUAAACUAUAAUACUUGAUCUAAAUUGAAAAGCUGAAUUGUCAAACCUGUCACAAAACAUGUAGCCCAAGGGUUAAACAGGUAUACUUAGUUGUUUAUAUCAUUUACUUCCGGGAUCAAAGUUAGAUAUGUUAAGGACAAUGGCACGAGGAAUUGUGUAAUUUUACAUAGCGGCUAGACUGCUUAAUUAAAUAUAUAUGCUGAAAUAUAAUUAUCUAGGGAGAGAGAGUUAGAUGGGGAGUUAGAGAGAAAGAUGGGUUAUAGAUGCUAGAUUGAUAAGGUCACCUUUACUUAAUAAUAUCUAGCUAAAAUGUUAUGUUUAAAUAUUAAAGACUGUUGCUAUGAUAAAUAAAACUGGUUAAAAGGUUAUGUUUGUUGUACUAAAUGGCCACGCUACGUUACACAUUUAUACAUUGGCUUUUCAGUACUCCGAAAUAAUCAACCGUAGAUGUCAUAACAUAUGACGCACUCGGUAUAUUGCGACUUUCGAGAUAUGGGUUCAGGAAUAAAAAUCUCAUUGGUUCAAACGGAACGCCAUAAGUCAUCCAUACAAUUCUCUAAAUGAAAAUAGUGUUACAUGUAAAUGUAUAAAUGUACACACUGAACGCAUGUGUACAGUUACACAAAUCACUGCAAAUAUUAACACAAGGCAGCUUUUCCAGCGUUGAUGGUGAAGCAAAUGUUUGUUUCAGGGUGACAAAAAUAAGCGAACUAAUAUCACAACUAUGCGACGCAGGCAUAAAACCAUUUUAAUAAAUACAUCAAAUAAAUACAACUUAAUUCGUUAAAUUAGUACACGCAGUUAAAGAAAACGGUUAUUACGCCGAGAAAUAUUUAACCCAAAGCAAUUCAAAGUAUUAUAAGUACAAGCUGUGCGUCUUGCGUAAUAUUUAAAAUUCGAAAUCAGUAUAGCUGGGGAUGUCUUUAAGAUUCAUAUAUCGAACUGUCGAAAAUGAUAACACAGAAAAAAAAACAACAGUAAAAUUAAUGUACAUCUUCCCGAUUUUAAGAAGUUUACUCAGUUUAGCAUAGGAGUCCAUGAACUUACAAAUGUAAAAAAAAAGACUGUAAAAUAUAGCAUACUGAUAAUUGCAUGUUUGUUUUUUCCUGUUUUUUUUUUUUUGCUUAUCUACAAAUUAUUUUACAGUUGGGCGGAAAUUGUGUUCCGAAAUUCUGUCUCAUAAUAAUGCUUUGUUGGUUGUAAUUUGCUGCAAUAGAGCCUUCUCUAACACCUUUGGCAACGUCAACAAAAACUGUUAAAGUAAAAAUGAGCGAACCAACGUUAGGUUAGGGCUUUGAAGAUCCAUACAGUUCAUUUAUCCCCACAUCUACGCUGUUCGUUAAUCAACACGGAUGGAUGUGCAGGCUGAUCUGGAUCUAUACUGGUCUUGGUUUUGGCUGUAGCGGCAAUCAGUGGUCAUUAAUAAAGGUAUUCUUGUCAUUUAAAAUUAUAUCUCGUGGCACGAAACGGUUUGAUAGCUGACCAGAAAUCCCCAAAUGACCUAUCAAUGAAAUAAUUAUUGAUUGAUAUUCGUCUAAUUUUUGUUACCAGAUUAUUCCCAGAAUGAUUCCAAUGCUUUACAAGUUUUAGUUUUAAUAUAUUUACAAUGUAUAUCCUCUUUAAAAAAUUAAAAUUCUUUGACCUUAUGUUUAUGAAUGGAGCGCGUUUUGAUUGUUUCUUUUUCUUUUUGAUAGGUGCAUGUUUAUUUGCAAGAUCUUAAACAGUCAUACAUCUGAUUGAAAUGGUUUAAAUAUCUGCCUGCCGAUCUUGUUUUUAAGAUCAUAAUUACAAUAUUCCUUGUUAAAAUUAAAACCAUUUUUACUCGGCUAAUUCUAGCUAUCACAUUAUGGACAUAGCUAGGUCUAUUCAGCUGGGCGUCUGGGUGUUAUUCACAAUAAAUGAAUUCUUCAUGGAAAUAGCUAUGUCAAGUAAUAUGGACAGUACGCUUAUUGGACAGACAUGGAAAAGAUCCUGAUUAACUCUGGUCUUCAAAUGUGACCAUGACCUCUGAGCUAGAAGUGAUAUUAAAACCACUUGUCGGAUGGCACAGUUAUUGAGUGGAAAAAAAAAGACACUGUUACUUUUUGACCUUUUGGGAAAUAUUUGUGACAAGUAAUACGAAUGGAUGGUUGCGUUAUGAAGCGGAUAGGAAAAUAUCCCAGUUAACCUUUGACCCCCAAGUGUGACAUUGACCUAUAAAGGCACUGACCUCCAGAUUUUACGACAACAAUUAGAAAAUGAGUGCUAUAUUUCUUAAGAAGGCUUUGAAAUUUAGUGACUGGCAGAUUUUAUGUUAUGGAAAAACAUACUUUACUAACUGUCUCGUUCAAAAUAAAAAUGGGUAACGGAGGUAAACUGCCUUAAUUACAAACGAUCGUUUUAUACGUUUUCCUCCGUGAUGUAUUGGUCAAGACGGCAGGAAAGUUUUAUUGCCGAGGCGGCACGGGUUCGGUUCUCGACUCGGGUAUGUUUUUCUUCUCUUAGUAUGGCAUUUGUAAGAUAGUUUAGAAAAAAACUCAUGUUCUAAUGUUCAUAAUAUAAUCAAACUUCACUCAUGAUAUUUAGCCAACAUGUGGGGGUCAUUGCCUUUAAGACAGGGAUGCACGUGACACGUCUCAUUAUGGGGAAUAUUUGUGAGAAAUAAUAUUGUUAUCUCUUGAUAGAUGGCACAGGUAUGGACCGGACAUAAACUCUGUUAAUUCCAUACUGUAUACUGAUAUGCGCUACAUUCUAAUGGACCUCAGAGACACAUCCAGUCAAUUACUACCAUCGUAUCUUAAACGUUUUUUCUCCCACUGUACCAAUUUUGUAAGUAUCUGGUUAUCAGUAAUGUGUUUUAUGUCUUUUAUUCACUGUCACGGAGAGACACCGAUAUAGGACGCUCAUGUGCUUGAUAUCCAUGUGCAUGCGUAUAAAACACGUUCAAAACAUGUCAAAUAAAGAAAACAUAAUGACUGAAACUGACAAAAAUCCUGAUACAAAUUGCUGGUUUGUUUUUAUUAUUGUAUGCAUGGCAACGAUGCUAUAUUUUGGUAUUAUAUUCACUUUUGGAGCCAUGUUUGUGGAUAUGAUGGAAACGUUUGAGUCGGAACGUUCUUCGACAGCAACAAUCCAGUCACUUCUCGUUGGAAUUUCCCUCAGUUUUAGUGUUGUAAGCGGCGCACUAAUAUCAAAGUUUGAACUACACGUGGCUGCUUUGGCAUCAUCCAUCCUUGUACCGUUUGGAUUCUUGAUAUCAUUUUUCGUGGCAGAAAUCUACUAUUUAUACAUCACAAUUUCUGUCAUAUCAGGAAUUGGAAUAGCUACGACACACGAAAUAAGUGUAGUUGUAAUACAGCAAAUGUUUCCACAACGUCUGCAUCCCAUAUGUUUUGCUAUACACAGUACUGGUGUCAAUUUCGCCGGAAUACUUUACCCGUUCUUAAUUGAGAGACUGUUGGAUACAUAUGGCGUUCAUGGGACCUUCCUUACACUUGGUGGAUUGUUUAUGAAUAGCUUUGCAUCGUUUAUAAUAUUAUCAUACAAUACAAAGCAUCACAAAAUAAAAGGUCGACAAGAUGAGAAAAUAAAAUGUACAGAGAACACUCGCGAUGGUUCAAAUUCUGAAAAUGAAUCGGACAAUAUCAUACCCAGUGAAACAGAACAUCUAUGUAGUUCAGAAGAUCAUAUGCCAGUAGGAGACAAAACAGUUGGAAAUGAGAAUGCUUUAUGUGACAAACAAGAUAUUAUGGAACUUGAAGACGCCGUACCUGAAUUGGAAAGUCAUAUACAAAUAAGUUUGUCGUCAUUACUAACAAAACAGUAUAUAUUUCUCCUCCUCGCUUCAGCCAUGUGCAUUCCUGCAAUAAAUACAUUUCAAGGUUUCACAGUGGAUAUAUUUGUCUGGAAAGGGUUUAGCGUCUCCCAGGGUUUGUUUUCCUUUGUGCCGUUUAAUGUGUUCAGUUUGUUGUCUAAUUUCAUACCUGUACUCGCAAAGAAGUACAUAAAGCGGCUCAGUUGUUUUGUUUUACCGAUGUGUUUUUGUAUAAUUGGAAUUUUAAGUCAGCUACUAGUAUACGUUUCCGCUGAUUAUAUAACAAUGUUGGCUGGAACAUCUCUUGUCGGCCUAUCCUUCGGAGGAGUUGUACCAGCGAUGUUCAUAGCUGGAGCUAAAAUAGUCUCGAGACGGGAGUGGCCGGUUGCUUCAGGACUCCUGAUGACUGUUAUAGGUGUGGUAUCUUCUGGACUUGGUCCAGUUUUCGGAUCAAUACGCGACAGAACUGGAACAUACACACCUACGAUUAUAACAAUAGGGAUACUGCAAGCAGCUGGAGCCCUUUUUUACAUGCUUGCUCUAAUUAGUCGAAAAAAUGAAUUUACCAAAAAAAGACUUUCAGAAAACUUACCGCAAGAAAUGUCCAGACUGAAAGAAAUUGAUGCCGAGAGGGUAUAGGUACGGUGUCCAUGCAGGGAAAUUAACAUUGUUUACUUUGUUAUAAGAAAACUGAUUUGUUUGUAUCGGAAUAUUGUUUCAUUAUACGAAAUACGUUAAUGCUCUCAGUCUUGAAAGAUUAAGAUUAACACCAUUCUGUGUAGAAACUGAAGCUUUUUCAGAUUGUUGGACUGAUGGUCCUUUGAUCUUUGUAUGUUCGACUAAUAGAGCCUUUUUUUUGUAUCAAACUUAGAAACUUUUCCAGGAAUCUUAAUCUUAGUAUUUUACUUCUUACAGCAAGGUUAGUUAAUGUUCUCUACCAAGUCUGCCUCAGCCGUGACCUACGGAUCAAAUGUUAAUUUGAUAUUUCAACAUUGGCCUUGGUUUAACAGAGGACUUAAAACAUAGAAUACGCGUCUUUAAGCAUGCAAGGCUCACACAUUAUCAUAGAGAAUCUUUUAAAGCUGAGACCUAUUUUAAUGCUCUCAUUGCCACGACGAAGACGUCCACCACCGCCACGACCACCUCGAUGUAGGGCAUGAUAGUAAGCACAGUGUUUGUCUGUACUUCCAUUAUUUCGUUAGAAGCACUUCAUGUCUCAGGUAUAACAUUAACACGAUUCGAUGGAUUUGAAUACAACUUUGGUGUGGUGAGUUAUGUCUCGUGCAGGAAUCUUGUCAAGCCUUCAAGGUCAAGGUCAUAGACAAUGGCACUUAAGUUAGAAUUAACACUUUGUGCAUAAGCUAUACAUUUUUAAUGAUUGAAAGGCAUCCUAUGAAACUUUAGACAAAUGCUAUUCAUAAUGAGAAAAUGUUUCUCGAGCAAAAGUCAGAUUCCUACCUCAAAGGCCAAGGUCACAGCAAGGCAAGUUUUACAGGUACAAUCCCCGCAACAUGUUUUGUAUUCUUCAAGUUUUCCCUUUGCUUAUGUAACAGAUAUGCUUAUUUUCAGAAACAAUUACUAACUAGUCUACCUGAUACCAUUUAUUAAAUAAUCAUAUUAGGUUACUUUGAGCCUAUCAAUGCAGUUUUAAUGCCUAAAACAGCGAUAGUUUUCAGUCUGGCCUUAUUCAUGUUCAGUCAACUGGGACUUUUCUACCUAUAUUAGUAUCUUUAUAGUGAAAAGACCAUGCAUUUCUUGCUUUUAUCCUUUUCUUCAUCUUGUUUGAAUUAGUUAAUACAAGGACAGUUCAAAUUACAAGCUCUCAUACAGCUAUUUCAUUCUUUGGCAUUUUUGACUUUUGUCAUUUAAUACAGAAUAGAGGUAUUUUUGUAUCAUCCCUUUUUCAGAUAAUUUCAUCAGUAUGUUGUAUUUCAUGCAAAGUAUGAUUUUUCUAAUUUUGGCGGAAAAUUUUGCUAUAUAUACUGAAUUUUUCCAUGUACUUUUGCCAGAUCUACAGACGCUCAAGGUAACGUUUACCUGUUGUCACCAGGCUGGUCAUUUCUCCCUUUAUCAUUCUUUCCUCUCAUUAAAUUUAUCAUUCGGAGUGUUUUAGUGUAAUUUAGAUAAUUAUCAUUGAUAUUAUGCAGUAAAACAGAUUAAGGACAAUAAAAUAUUUGUGUACUCUGAA